CUGGCCAAUGCACACCUCACUCACUCACUUAUCCACUGCAAAUAAUUAGAACAGCACACAGGAUAUAUGGCCUCCUCGUCUUCCUCCUUGCUCCUCCUUGCAGCGGCCCUCCUUGCGCUAGUAGCCUCUUGGCAGCAGGCCAUCGCCUACGAUCCUAGCCCUCUCCAGGACUUCUGUGUUGCAGACAAGAACUCGCCUGUUCGUGUCAAUGGGUUUCCUUGCAAGGACCCAAUGGCCGUGACCCCGGACGACUUCUUCAACCCAGCCAUGAUCAUCGACAAGCGCAGGGACACCAACAACAAGGUGGGAUCCAACGUCACCAACAUCAACGUGGAGAGCUUCCCGGGCCUCAACACCCUGGGCAUCUCGCUAGCGCGCAUCGACUACGCGCCCCUAGGCGUGAACCCACCCCACAUCCACCCCCGCGCCACCGAGCUUCUCACCGUGCUCGAGGGAACCCUUUACCUUGGCUUCGUCACGUCCAACCCCAAUAGGCUCUUCUCCAAGGUGGUUAAGAAGGGUGAUGUCUUUGUCUUCCCCAAAGCCAUGAUCCACUUCCAGAUGAACCUCGACCAUGAGAAGCCAGCGACGGCCUUGUCAUCGCUCAGCAGCCAAAACCCUGGUGUUAUUACGAUCGCUAGCGCGGUGUUUGGAUCAAAACCACCGAUCUCAGAUGAUGUUUUGGCCAAGGCUUUCCAGGUGGAAAAGAAACUCAUAGACUGGCUCCAGUCUCAGUUCUGGGAUACCAACUACUAGUGGUUAUACAUGUUGCACCAACACAAGCGUUACGUACAUGUGCGCCCUAUAUAUGUAUUGAAUAAAUUGCAUGUGGAGGAGUAAUACUUAUUAUUAUGCGUGCGUGGGAGCUGCCAGAAGUAUGUUUGAUUGUAUUGUCACUAUCUAAUAUACAGAAAAUAAGAUUUCAUUGAAAAUCUAAUUAAUAA